CCAAUGGGGAAUAGAGUUGCCCAUUUUGAAAAAAAAGGAAAGUGGGUUUUUUUAGAGAAAAAGGAAAGUUUUAGGCACUGCAGAACGGCUGGGGUUAUAAGAUCAAAGUCCGACAACGUCACAUACAGAUUAGAGCAUUGAACUCAAAGAGUGAGAAAUAGAGAGAGAAUGGCGACCGAUUUAUCAUCUGCUUGGUCGAAACCAGGGAAGUGGGCACUUGAUUCGGAAGAACACGAAGCCGAGCUUCUCGAACAACCACAACAGCAUCAGCAGAAGAACACUGAGAACGGCCAAUUUGAUUUCCCAUCCCUGGCAGCCGCUGCCGCCACCACCAAGUCCAAGAAGAAGAAAGGCCAAACCAUCUCUCUUGCCGAAUUCAGCACCGGUAAGCCGGUCGGUCCGGGCACCGGUAAAGCUGCUCAAACCACCAUACAACUCAACCGUCUGACCACUGACGAGCUUCUCAUCCUUCCCACCGGACCCCGCGAGCGUACCGCCGAAGAACUCGACCGCUCCCGCCAUGGUUUCCGUACCUAUGGCCUCAACGAUGGCUCCGCUCGGAAUAGGUAUUCCAACAGUGACGAUUCUUCCAACUCGAAGUGGGGCUCUUCUAGGGUUUCGGAUGAGCCGCGUAAAAACGGCGGAUUUAACAGGGAUUCUGCUCCUUCCCGUGCUGAUGAGAUCGAUGAUUGGGGCGCCACAAAGAAAUUUACGCCUGCUCCCGCGUCUGAGCGGAGGGAGAGAGCUGGCUUCUUUGAUUCCCAGUCUAAGGCUGAUGAAUCUGACAGUUGGGUGUCCAAAAAGAGCAACACACCUUCGGAAGGUCGCAGAUUUGGCGGUGGAUUUGAGAACUAUAGGGACCGGCGAGGAGGUUUCGAUGCAGUUCUGAAAGAGACAUCUAAUGGAGGAGGUGCGGAAUCAGAUACUUGGGGGAGGAAGAAGGAAGAAGGGACUGGAGGUGUAAGUGGACCUGGAAGGCGGAGACUUGUUUUGCAGCCUCGUACUUUGCCGGUGAAUGAUGAAGAUCAGCAGCAGCCAGGGUCAGGAUCGACGACGAGAAGUAAAGGUUCCAACCCAUUUGGAGAAGCUCGACCAAGAGAGGAGAUUUUGGCGGAGAAAGGACAAGAUUGGAAAAAGAUUGGUGAACAGCUGGAGUCAAUGAAACUUAAGGAGAUGGGUUCCGGGAUUCAUGACGGCCCGUCCUUGGGGAAGAAGAGUUUUGAAAGUGGGAAUGGAAGGGCAAGUCAACCUGAGGAUCAGAGUGAGAGAAGUUGGAGGAAGACCGAUACAGAUACAGAUACAGAUGCAGUUGAUGUUCCUACUCAAAGUGCUGGCAAAACCGAGGAGGAGGAGGAGGAGGGAGUGGCAGAAGAAUAAGGAUGAGAGAUGUGAACCAACAGUACGGCAGAGGCAGGGUGUUGCAAUCCAAGCGUCUUCCUUGCUUCAUCAUUCAAAUUGCUUUUCAUGGUUACAGUGAAGUGAAGGAUGGAGACAAUUUUGGUAGUUUUUCCUUUUGAUUUUUAACUUAGCUCUGUUAUAAUAGUGGCUGUACUGUGUAGUAGAGACAUCACUAGUGUGGAAUGUUAGGCAUGAUUCUUAUUAUUUAAAAUUUUCAUUUUGGUUUCAUGUGUUAAGCGUGAUAUGUGAAGGAAGGAUUUUGGUUGUUCUAACCCUGAAUUUUUUGUGGAGAACUAAUUAAUGUGUUAUUGUUCAAGAGA